AUGUUUAUUUUCCGUCGACAAUUAACAACAGCAGGUACAGUCGCUGAUCUAAAUGAAGAAGCACGUGUUAUGCAUCCACGUCAACAUUUAAUUUAUACUUAUCUUGCACAACAAAGAUUUUUUCGUCGAAUUCGAUUUGCAUUGGAAAAAAUCUUUGCACGUCCUCUUGAUUUAUCCUUAUCAACUGAUCGUAAUACAACCAUGUAUGAAUCAGCGAAACCAAUGGCUCUUCUUUAUCAACCAUUGAUAUUAUAUGAUGAUACAUUUAUACUACAAGAAUAUUUCAUACCGAAACCAUUUUUUCGACAAUGGUACGAUCGAUUGAAAUUAAUUAUUCGAGAAAAAUAUAGUCAUGUUUUCCUAUUAAAUUUAACAAUACGUUUUGUGAAAAAAGAUCAAACAACAUUUUUACCAUAUACAAAAGAUGCCGAUUGCUAUGCAUUUGUUUUCUAUUUUCGAAUUAAAUGUAAUGAAAUCGGUGAUCAACAAGUACGUGAAUUACAUCAAAAACUUAUUCAAUUAGCAUUUGAUUGUCAUGGUACAUUCUAUCUACCUUAUCGACAACAUUAUACGUUCGAACAAAUGUUUAAAGCAUAUCCAAUGAUCAAUGAAUUUUUCGAAAAAAAAUUAACAUAUGAUCCGAUCGGACUUUUUUCAAAUGAUUGGUAUGAAAAUUAUCAACAACAAUCUGUCAUAAGUCAAUCAAAAAAUAUCAAUUUAUUACCUAUGGAAAAAGUUGAUUUGAUUACAGAUCAAUUUUCAAUUGUUGAACAACGACGAAUGCAUUCAUUUCGUCAUGUCAUUAUGGAUGAUGUUAUGAGAGAAAAAUUUCGCAAAUUUCUUCAUACUGUAUUCAAUGCAGAGCCGGCUUAUGUAACUUUUAAUUAUGUCAAUCGUGCUGUUCGAAAUUCUGCCAAUCAGAAUGAUCACGAUGUUUAUCGACAUUUACAACAUGCUCUUAGCACAAGACAAUUUGCUUUUAUUCGAGGUCUAUGGGCACUUGUCAAGCAAGUUGUACAAUUACGAAUACAAAUAAAAGAUCUUAUACGACAACAGAUCACAAUCUUCAAACAUCUAGGCUAUUGUGGAAAGAUCAAAAAUAUUGUUAGCAUAGGCGAUGGUGGUCGAUGUAUUCAUGAUUUACGUCAAAUAUUAAAAAUAAACGAUGGUCGAGUAUUCAUUCUCAAUGAUAAACAACGUUUAACGGACAUUAUCGAACGAAAUAGUUUAUUUCAAAUUGGUACUUUUAUUCCAUAUGAUUUCAAAAAUCUCGUCGAUAUACCAAUUCCAAGUGAAUCAAUUGAUCUUGUUGUUUGUUAUAUGGGUUUACAUCAUUUACCACAAGAACAAUUAGAUCUAUUUUUCAAAAUAAUCUAUCGUAUACUUCGUCCAAAUGGUCUUUUCCUUUUUCGAGAACAUCAUGCUCGAAAAGAAUUGAUUCCAUUAUUAGAUGUUGCACAUAUGGUAUUUAAUGUUGUCACUGGUGUUGAUUAUGAAUCAGAAAUAAAUGAAAUUCGAGCAUUUCGAACAAUUGAACAAUGGCGUUCAUGCUUAAGACAUGCCGGUUUCGAAGAUACAUUUGUUUAUGACGAACAAGAAGAUGAUCCAACGGAUGAUAUUAUGAUUGUUUUUCGAAAACCAGAACAAUAUAAAGAAGUAACAAAUAUAGAUUGGAAUGAAAAUUAUCAAAAAAUUAUUGCCAAUCCAGAAUCGAAUUAUUUUCGACCAUGUGAAUGGUUAAUUGUUCGAAUUUGUAUGCAAUUUGGACAAUAUUUAAAUCAUACACCAUUCUAUUAUUUUCCUUUUGUCAAAUUUCUUCUACAUUAUUGGUCAUUGUUUCUUGUUGAAACUAAUUUAUCAAUUACAAAAUAUGGUCUGCAGGCAAUACUUUUUCGAUCACCUGGUUUUCAAAUGAAUGCUUUUAUCGGUAUUUUUAUGACUGUAUCAUUUUUACCUUUAAUAUUUUUUUCGUUCUUCGUAAGAAUUUUUUCACCUCGAACUAUACCCGAAUAUGAACAAUUAGUUCUUGAACAGACCAAAGAAAUUGAUGAAAACAUGUUCAAUUUUCAACAAUCAAUCGAUCAACAUAUUGAUAAUGUGCAAAUUUUGAAAACGAAAGGUUUUUAUGCCAUACGUGUACCAAGACAUCAUAUAUUCACAUCUAUAUUAAAAAAAUUAGCUAUGCAUUCGAGUAAAUUCAAUCUUCAUUAUAUUUCGAAUCAAGAUGGUCAAAUUCAAGUUGAACUUUCAAUCAAUAAUGGUAAUGCACAACGUUUACUAUGGUUAAAACAACAAGCGAGUAUUAAUGUUAUCUAUGAAUAUAAGAAUCCGACCGAUAACAAACAAACAAAUUUGAUUGUUGGUGUCAAAAUUAACGAAUUAUUCUCAUUUAUUCGGAACUGUGCAAAUUUUGAAUUCGAUAAUUCAAUGACAAUUGUUCAAAUUUUUGACUACUUUGAAUAG